GUUACACCUAUGUAAGAAUAAGAAAUUUUUAUACAAUUAGAAUUUUAAAAAAUCAAUAUUUUUUUUUUCUUGUAACCUCCUCGGUUUUGCAUGGUUUUGAAAUGACAACUGAAAACAAGAAAGCAUCGGAUCCGGAUUGCAAAUUAGAUCUUGAUAAUGUUGAUGAUGUAAAGAAGCUUCAAUCCAGCAAUGCCAGUGGGAGAAUAUUUGGACAGCUGCAGAAGGAAGUGUCCGAUCUAGCCACACUUUUAAAGCAUUCAAGAAAUAAAUGGCAUAUGAUUAGGGAUGUCUGGAUAGAAAUGCUUUUAUAUGCAGCGGCUUCAAGUCAGAACAGUAGUCACAUUAAGCAGUUAGGAGAAGGCUUUGAAUUCAUCUCAGUCAUCUGGCUUCUUGUAGGCACUAAUUGGAGCAAACUCUGAGAAUUAUAUUAGGCAUCUGGCCGGUAAUACCCUACAAUAAAAUUCAUCAUGAUUAUGGUGUUCUGCUUAUCAAGAAAUAAAUGCAAUUAUUGUGUACAUAUUGUAUUUUAGGUAAUUGUAUUAUACCAUUUAUUGUGUAUCUGGAAUAAUCCCAAGUUAUCAUAGAAUAUAUAAGGCACCUUGUACAGGGUAGUGUCGUUAUUCAAAGCAUAUGUAACCUUUCUUCUUCAUAUUGUCUCCGGUUUGAUUUCAAUCAUGGUAUCAAAGCUCUAGGCUCGUGCAUAUUUUUCUUGUUACUAUUUUUUUCUCUUCGGGUAUUUUUUGGACUGGUUUUUGGAUCAUGCCGUUUGUCCCCUGGAGAAUGCAUAGAUUCUUUCUUUCUGAAUUUGUGAUUGUCAAAAGCCAUACACUAGAGUACACACGUUAGGAGAAGGCUUUGAAUUCAUCUCACUCAUCUGGCUUCUAGCAGGCCCUAAUUGGAUUCUCUGAGGCUGACUUUCUUAGGUAUCACACCGGCGAUACCUACAAUAAAGUUCCUCAUGAUUAUGGUGUUCCUGCCUAUCAAGAAAUAAAUGCAAUUAUUGUGUACAUAUUGUCUUUUAGGUAAUUGUAUUAUACCAUUUAUUGUGUAUCUGGAAUAAUCCCAAGUCAUCAUA